UCUCAGCCUCCUGAGUAGCUAGGAUGACAGGUGUGAGCCACCAGCACCCAGCAAAAGAAUGUUUCAUUCGGCCUGUAUUUCCACCUCAGCCAGCACAAGGCCAUUCUUUGGAGUUAGACUGAUGGUGUGUGCUGAGUGUUUACAUUAGUUAGGAAUAAUGACUACAAACCACCGGCUAUUUGACAAAGCCAGGGAGGAAUGCGAACAUCUCCUUGUGGAAUUAACCCUGGGGUUUGGUUUUCAGUUAAAAAUGAGAGAGAAGGAGAGGCUAAGCAAGACCUUCCAAGGCCCAGCCGCUGUCUGCCGAACUCCAGGCAGCCACGCUCGCGUGUUCCGCAGUGGCAGUGGGGACUCAGAGGACUCCUCGGAAGAAGAGUCACAGCGAGUGGCUCUGCGGCCUCGGGGCAGAGAGCGCCAGAGGAGCCUCCAUCCUCAGCCUGGAGCAGGCUCCGUGGUGCUGCUGCAGCGCGAGCUGGCCCAGGGCGACAGCCUCAACAAGCUGGCUCUUCAGUAUGGCUGCAAAGUAGCAGAUAUCAAGAAAGCCAACAACUUCAUCAGAGAACAAGACUUGUACGCGUUGAAGGCGAUCAAGAUUCCAGUGCAAAACCAUGGGAUUCUAACAGAGACCCACAGAGAACUCAAACCGCUCCUCGCCCCGUCCUCAGACACCAGAGUAACCGUGGAACUCCCGGACACAGAGGGACCAGCUGCCUGUGGGGACGCAGCCACGCAGGCGCACACCAGUCACCUGACAGAUUUCUUCAAGGGGAUCGACCAGAAUAUUGAGCGCGCAGUGCAGUCAGAGGUCUUCCUAAGUGAGAGCUACUGUGUGGAGACCCCCGACCAGCCACUGCUCCCAGCUCCGCCCAGGACCCCAGCAGACGGGGCCGACUGGGGUAUCCAGUGGUGGAACGCUGUUUUCCUCAUGCUCCUCGUUGGGAUUGUUCUGCCUGUGUUUUAUCUGGUCUAUUUUAAGAUCCAGGCUACCAGGGAGACCCCUGCUAGCCUGAACACAACUGCCAACCCCAAUGGCUCCAUGGCACUGAGCGCACUUGCAGGACCGGCCCCCGGGUUAGGGAGCCCUGCACCUACCUCCUCUUCAGCCAGCCAGCUCAGCCACCUCUCCCAGGCAAGGACCUAAGCUCUCAGGUUUCGAGAAUCGGCCCAGCUUUAGCAGGUGGCUUGUGUUCUGCAUCAGUUCUUGUUGGCCACAUGCUGGGGGCAAGGCUGCGUUUUGUUUCCUGGUGCUCUGGAUGGUAACUGGACCCUGAGAAAUGGCCUCUCCUGAUCCAAGACCAUCCCCCUCCUUCUUC